UAUAUUUUAAGGAAAAAUAGUUGCAUUAUACAAAUUAAUGUAUGUUCUUUCAGGAUACAUAUAUAUGAAAUGAAAACAACAGUGAGAAAAAGAAGAUAUAGGAAGAAAAGGAAGUCUUGUUUCCAGAAUUAAUAAUUAAAAAUGGUUGCCAAAAUAUAAACUUUUAGGAAGAAAACACAGACUUUAUAGUCUCCUGUGUCUAUUCUGGUGAUGAAUUUAUUUCUGAGACCCCUCAUGUCUACACUGCACACGAGCAGACAAGUCAGCCUGGUCCAAAAAACUUUGUAAUAUGAGUAAGGCAAAGAUUUUAUAUUCAAAUAAGAACAUUCUCAAUCUAAGUUAUACUGUAACACAUGCUAUUGCUGUUUGUCUUAGAAUAAAAAAGACAAGGCUGGGCCAAUGGCACAAGAGGAUACAAAAUUAUCGAUGUUGGUGUUUUGAAACGAGGGUGCCGAUAAGCCGUAAAAAGUGCGGGCGUUUUCAGGCGAGUUUGGCGUUUUGAAAAAAAUUCAAGUAUUCGCCCGAAAAAACCCGUUUUUGAUGGUUUUUGAAAAAGCUUACUUUAUAAAUAACUUAUAUAUAAACUUUAUUAACUCCUUUCUCAUCAAGCGCCUUCUUCCCAAGCAUCGUCCGCAUGGUUUGUUACAAGGAAUUGCAUUUCGGGAAUGUUCCGGGUGAGUUUAGGAAUGUUCUGGGUGAGUUCGGGAAAGUGCGGGCGGUUUCGGGGGACAACCGCCAAUUUUAGUUGAAAUAUCGCCUGAACUCCGUUUGUGACUUAUCGGCACCCUCUUGUUUUGAACAAUGCAAUUUUGUAAUAACAUUAUAUGUGGCGUUUGGGAAGGUGCAAAGAGCAAGUAACGUGAAAGUUCAGCACUAAAAGAAAUGGUUUAGCAAGUAAAUUAUCCCUUAAAUGAAGCAAUUGUAACAAAUAUAGCUACACCUUUUUUUGCUAGUAAAAAGGGGCCAAUCAACAAAAGUAUACCAAGCGUAUUAACAUAAAUCUGAAAUCUGUAUAUGCCCGCCAAACAUUUAGACAUGCUGGACUACAACGUUUCUGUUCUAAUAUGGACUCAUGUACUGCCUCCAUUAUAUAAUGGUCCAUGUCAAACAAUUUUAAAACAUUUAAGCACCAAGGUAGUUGAACUUGCUGAAUUUGUUUCACGAUAUUAACCAAUUGGAAAAUUGGACUCAGACAUCAUUCUUUUAUAAUUCUAUCAGAAAUACCUGUUUAUAAAAUCUAUGUGAUAAUUAUAUUGACAGCACUAGGACACUCCAAGGAACUUUUGUAAGGUUUUUUAGACUUUCACUCCAGUACAUCUUUAUUUUUUCAUAGUCAAAGUUUUUAAACACAAUUUUCUCUGUUUUCCGGAAUUAGGGGGUGAAAAAGUCUGCAAAUGAUUAAAACCAAACGGGUGGUUUAUUUUUUUUUUCAAUUUUGUAUAUUGUUUUCUGAUGUUAUUUGACACAAAACGACUAUCUCACUUUUUUGAUUUUUUCUUUUUUUGAUUUUAUAUUUUAAAAAACAGAUUUUUGGAAUUUUACCCCCUGGACGGAAAAAAUUCAAAAAAAUAAGACAGUCAUUUUGUAUACUUUUUAUUUUAAAGCAACUUUGCAUAGUUAUUUUAUUUAUAAAAUGUUGAUUUUGUUAGUAAUAAUCUGCAGACAAUUUUAGUCAUUUUAACUUUAUCAGCCUAACCCCCGUCUCCAAUAUUACUUUUUGGAUUUUUUUUUCACUUUUCCAAAAAUUUGGUCAAUAAUUUUUAAUUUUGGAAAUUUCAAUUAUAUAUGUUUAAGUUAUCAUGUGUAAUCACAGCUGAUUGUAUAAAAGGGAUUUUUAGAAAAUUUUGGUGUUUGACCACCUUAAGUCUAUGGUAUUCUGAAUGAACGAAGUGCAGAAAUACUAAACUGUGCCACCUACAAUUGUCUAGGAGUAAUUUUAUUUCUGAUACUUUGAAAUAAAUGUAUUUAAUCAAAAUAAAAUCUAUUUGUCACCAUUUAAAUCUAGUUUUGAGUUUAUAAGCAUUAUAGACAUAGUUACCACAUAGUUACCACAAUUUUGUGUUCUUUUAAUUUGCUAAACUUGAAAAUGAAACUUCAAAUGAUUAUGCACAAUAGAUUAUACUGAAUGUGAUUUUGCGAUAGAAAAACGAAACAAAAACAGCCUCAAAGUUGUUUUUGCUUACCUACUUUCGCAUGUUGCAUGUUGUUAAAUUGUUGAAAAUUAUAUUUACGAUUAUGUUGUUCUACUGGAAUUUAUGCCCCUUACAAUCCAGGCUGAGUUAACACCAUCUGACAUCACAAACCAACAAAAUAUAUACAAACCAAGUUGACUUUUGUUUGAUAAUGGUGAUUAAUUAAAUUAUGGCUUUUUGGGGGUCAAAUUUGCACAUAAUAAAAUGUAAAAUGUAAAUUUUUUUUAUGCCAUGUUUUUUUAUUUCAUAAGAACACAGAUAUUUUCAUAAUAGAUGUUUAUUCUGACAUGCAGGAUAUUGUUCCAAUGUUUUUUAUUUGUUUUGAUAUGAUAUAUAUCUUACUUUAGAAGAAAUAUAUGAAAAUUGGAAUGAGUAAUUUAGCAAGAGCAGUUAGAAACUCCUAUGACUCACUGACUCCUGACUUUCGUAAUAAAUUUGUUAAAAGUUGUUCUGUCUCAUCUUCAGAAAGAAAUUUCUUCAGAAAAGUUCAACAUGUUAAGAAGUACUAGAUCAACAAGAAGGAACACGCAUUCAGCCUUUGAAGAUGCAACAACCUGGAUACUAAACCAACAAGACAGACCAGAGUUGUUUGUGGCCUAUAUUAAUGAAUAUAUUGGGAAGGGUGUUUUUACUAAAGAAAAAAUUCCCAAGAAUACAUUUUUAGUCGAGUAUGCAGGUGAUUUAAUAACGAAAGAAGAAGGAGAAAUUAGAGAAAUCAAUUAUGAAAAGGAGGGUUGCUUCCUGUACUUUUUUGAAGAUAAUUUGCAAAAAUAUUGUAUUGAUGCUACAUAUUAUCAAAACAGAAUUGGCAGGUAUGUUAAUGACUCUCCAAAAGGAAAUUGCAAGGUUAGAAAAAUCCAUUACAAUGAUCGAAUACAUCUUUGUUUGUAUUCAACUGAAGAAAUCCCCUCUGGAACUGAACUCAGAUAUGACUACUGUGCUCCUAACUUAUGGUGGCGUCAGCAGAAUAAAAAGACGAAAAUGCCAUAUACGGUUGCUGAUUUAAAGGAUGCAGAAUUUCCUAGAAAGUUGACUGAUAUCUCUAAAUAUGAAGUUCUUGAUUUAAAUAUGUCAAUAAACCUGUCACACAAAAUUGAUGAAGGAAUGUCUGCUGUUGUAUAUAAAUUGCUACAGCCAAAUAGAUGUGCUGCUGUCAAGUGCUUUAAACAAAAAGUAAUGAAGAAGAAUUUAAUCAUUAUAGCUGAGCAGUUGUGUAAAUUGAAGCAUGAGAAUAUUGUACAAUUUCUUGGCUAUAGCGUUCACCCAUCUGCUUUCCUUUUUGAAUUUUGUGAAGUAUAUCUUGAAGGUGAGAAAGUGAACAAUUUGCGUCAGUUGUUAUCAAUACAUAAUAGCAAUGGUAAUUUUGUCUUUGAUGAAAGAUUAAAUUACAUUCAGCAAGCAACAAGGGGGUUGAUUUUUUUGCAUGAAAAUAGCAUAGUUCACCGGGAUUUUAAACCUAGCAAUCUACUAGUGACUAAUAACAAUAAACAAAUUCAAAUAAAAAUUACAGACUUUGAUGAAAUGGUUAUUUUGCAACAAACUAUCACAAGCACUAUCACUUUGAAUAGUCUUAAAGGCAUGACCCUUGCCUAUACAGCACCUGAAUUGUGUUCAAGAGCUGCAAAAAAGCCAUCAAAAGCAACGGAUACUUACUCCUUGGCUAUUUCAAGCUAUGAAAUAAUGUCUGAUCUUAAUUCUCCAUGGCAAGAUGUUUUACCUUUGCUAAAUGAUGGCUUGCUUUUACAAGCUCUAAAAGAAGAUGAAAGACCAGAUAUUAGCCAUGUGUCAAAUUUGUACAAUUUACCUGAGUGUGAAUUAGUCAUGGAUCUUAUAUCGAAAGCUUGGAGUCCUAAAUUUGAGGAAAGGCCAAGUACUGUGGAGUGUCUAAAUCUCUUUACUGAUGUGAGAAAUUCCCUGAAAGCAAGUAAUGUGGCAACGACUGUUCACAUUAAAUCUGAAGAAGAUAACAUCGAUUUUAAUUGUGUUGAGAGUUUUAAAGUAGUAGGUGGAAUAAUGGAGAUUACGCUGGAACCAGAUGAAAAGACACACACAAAUAAGCCUGUUGAGGAUUUUUUCACAGAUGAUUUACAAUUUCUAAUGAGUGAAGACGAGGAUCCUGCCCUUAGGUCCGACCUUAAGAACUGUAUAGAAAGUUUUCAGAAUAAAGAUGAAGAUCAAAACAAAGAUUUUAUUCUAAAAGACUGCGCACAGGUCACUUCAACACCUGAUCAGAAUAAAACGAAUAAAGGUGAAGACCAAAACAAAGAUUUUAUUCUAAAAGACUGCUUACAGGUCACUUCAACACCUGAUCAGAAUAAAACGAAAUUUUGCCGAAAACGUAAAAAUAAAUGGCGCUUAAAAAAUUUUGUUUUAAAGAACAGUAAGAGAAAGAUUAACAAUCUCAGCCAGGUGUCAUUGCUAAACGAUUCUGGUUUUAUGAUAGAUACUGAUGUGCAUGUUGUUGAUACAGACCAAAGUGCAUUGAGCGUAAGCCGUACUUCACUUACUUCGUCAAUUGAACAUAAAUCUGCACGGACAAUAGUAAAAAAGCGCCGAAGAAAGAAACCGUACAGAUACUGCAUUUUUUGCAAAAAGAAAAUGUCAUAUUUAAGAAGGCAUAUCAGAUCAAAGCAUAAACACCACCCUGAAGUGAAGGUUGUACUCAAACUUAAAAAAAAAGAGCAAUUUGCAGCUUAUGAGGACUUCAGGCGCCGAGGAAUCUUUGAAUAUAAUAUGAAAGAAGCUUUAAAUGAAAAACCUGAAUUUGAGCGAGAGAGACGUGGAAGGGAUCAAAAUGAUUUGGUAUACUGUAAUAACUGUAAGAAAUUUAUUUCUCGGAGAUUUUGGUAUCAGCAUAUGAAAAACUGCCAGGCUAAUUCGUGUAAAAAAACUGUUCCCGUACCUAUCAACUUGUUAUCAUUACCAGAAAACUUAAGAAUAACUGAUGAUUUCCGUGACAAUAUCUUAUCAAAAUUCCAAAGGGAUAAUAUUGGUGAUAUAUGCAGGACAGAUAACACCAUCAUUAAAGUUGGGACAGUGUUUUAUCAUAAAGAUAAAAGAAAAUGCGAGAAGUCAUUUGAAGUCAGAAAGUCUGUCAGGACAGACAUGCGAAGAAUUGCUCACAUGUACAAUUUAUUUCUUAAGCAAAAUGACAUUGAAAGGCCAAAUGGAGAUGCAAGUGAUAUGUUCAACCGUAGAAAUUUUGAACAUUUAAAAAAUGUUAUUGAUGUAUACACAACCAGUGAAGACAACGAACUUAAGGCUGGUUUAAAACAAAAUAUUUACUACUUACUAAAACGCGUUGCAAAGGUUUUGAAAGGCCAUUACUUAGUUUCUAGUGACGAUUCCGCUGCUGAAGAAAUUGACCGAUUUAUUUCUGUGUUAGAAAUGUAUGAAGACUUUGUAUUUGCAGAUGCAACCUACCAACUAAACAAAAACAAGAAUAUAAAACUGCGAAAACCUUCCGAGCUGCCAUUGGAGGAAGACAUGCAACUUCUUAAGAACCAUGUAAUGCAAAGGAUGAAAGAGCUUUUGCAAGAUCCUUUCACAAUAUUUGAUGUGUCUUCGUAUGUCGAGUUGCGAGAUUGUGCUUGCUGUAGAUUAACUUUGCUAAAUGCACGUAGAGGAGGAGAGCCAGCACGUAUGUUGUUAGAUGACUUUCAGCAGGCGAUUAAUGAUGCUUGGAUAGAUAGACAACGCAUUGAUUACUUAGAUCCUCUUGAUCAAUUAUUAGUUGAUACAAUCAAGAUUUCAUAUAUGACUGGAAAAGGCAACAAUCAUAUAGUCCCGGUUCUUAUUCCACCAGAUACAAUAGAUGCUCUAAAAAAACUGGCUGACCCAGAUAUAAGAAGUGACGUUGGAAUUCUACCUGAUAAUAACUACCUUUUUGCCAGCACAAGGAAAUCUGAAGGACAUACGUCUGGCUGGCAUGCAGUUCACAAUAUAAUUGAAAAAAUAGACCUAAAGAAGCCAGACAAUAUUAAAGCGACAUCCAAUAGGCAUAGGGUCAGUACCCUUUAUGCUGCACUUCACAUACCAAAAUCAGAUCGGGAUUGGUUUUACAAACACAUGGGACAUUCUCGUGCUAUUAACGAAGGAACAUAUCAAGCCCCUCCUGCCCUUAUGGAGAUUACGAAAGUUGGAAAGCAACUCCUUCAGAUAGAUGCAGGUAACGGAGCAUCACAAAGAAAAUUUGAAGGACAAAGUAGAGUUAGUACAGAAACUUCAUGUGACGAAGCAUCACAGAGAUUAUUCAAAGGGAACGAAAAGAAACCAAGUUCGGAAAAAACCUGUGUAAAACAAUCAGGAAAAAACGUACUAUCACGAAAAUCUGAGAAAAGUUACUCCAUGCGCUCUCGGUCGAAAGUUUGUAAACGUAAACGUUAUGACCACGAAGAUGACGACGAUUACGAUGAUGAUGAUGAUGAUGAUUACCAUCCCCAAAAUAGCGUUGAUUUGUCAUGUGACAAAGAAAAUGAAUUAUUACCGGUGAGAACCAAUGCAAACAUGGAGCGCUCGUACUUGGCUUGGCCAGAAUCUGUCCAUGUGAAAUUCCUGAAAAUGUUUGAAAAAUACAUCAGAAGAGAAUCGCAAAAUCCAAUGCCCUCCCGUGAAGAGAUGAAUUUUUUUCUGGAAGAAAAUAGUCUUGACAUUCCCUGGCAAAAAGUUCGAACAAAGAUUAAUAACGAACGAGCAAAGCGUGACAGAAUCAAGAAGAGUAACCUAGAAAAGAUACUUAAAACCUCAUAGAUUUUCUUUUAUAUCUUUAUUAUAUGAACGUCAUCCCUUGGAAAUAAAAAGUAGCAAAAAAAUUUGAAACCGGUUUUUCAAAUUUAUUCUUUAUUUUAUGUUAUAUAUUUGUAGGACCAUCCCGUUCAUUAUCUAUAUUCAUUGAUACGAGUAUUUUGUUCAUUUCCAUGAUGUUUUGUAACAUAAAAUUUCACUAAAGUGUAAUAAAGUGGAAAAAACAUAUUGCUUUGUCGCUAUUGAUGCCCCCGAAAUCUCGUCUUUCAAAGGAUCCAAGCUAAAAAAAAAUAUGUGUGACAACACAGCUUCAAAACCCUUAAUAGAGAUCACUUAGAACGAAGGAGUAGAAGCAGAACGUUGUUUAUAUCUUGUAUUUGUUGACACAAUGAUGAAUUAAAUUGAAACGAUUAUUGAAAGUGGUGGAUUCAAAAUAGAAGAGUGAGUAAAGUCGGGCGUGAGUAAAAAGCAAAAAGGAACCUGUUCAGAGGUCAGUAAGAGAGGACGGGAAGACGGGAAAAAAGAUUGAGUACUCCGGACGCUAUAUGAUCCUGAAAAAGAUAUGUUUCAGUUUCACCCGAAAACAAUGGUUAAAGGUUUCCCACCUCAUACUACAAAACGGAUUUUACUGUCAUACGUUAAUUCGUAUUACGAUCUGCUGGACAUAUUGUCACCCUAACGGUAUGAGACAAAAUAAUGCUACGCAAACUUUUGGGUACAAGACAAAAAACUAGGAUGGGACUCAUUUUUUAGGAGAUUCCUCUUUUGGAUGAAUUGAAUUCAAACGGCGCAUUAAACCUAAUAACGCUAUUGGAAAUCCAACAUUAGUAAUAAUUUCCGAUGGAUCAGUGGAGCCAUAUAGUGCAGUUAUCUAUGCUCAUUAAAAACUUCUGGAUGGAACAUAUGAAGCGCGUCUUCUCGCUGUAAAUAAUCGCAUAGCGCCCAAAAAGGUAUUGAAAAAAGAUUACCUGAUUUCAUACAACAAGACUUAAAUUCAAAAAAAGUCAUGCAUAUCGUUGAUCGCUAAGAAAAGUUACGGAUUUAAUACCGUUGCGAAAAAUAGGUAUGAGACAAUACAACAGAGCACCCAUCCUUCAAAAUAGUUUUGGAUCACUAAAAGUAGCCAUAUUGUGACUGGAUAAUGAAGGGGAAAAAUUCCAACGAGCUCCGUUGUAUAAGCGUCUAGCAAAAUUGUCCUACGUUCUUAAAAUCAGGAGUCUACGAUUGGCCAAUCGUUAGCCAAUAAAAUAUUGAAGAAUUACCGUGAAGAAAUCGCAAAAUAUUAGUGAUUUCUAUGGUGUAAGGAAAUCUUGAUGAGGGCCUUUGUCGAAUUUUUUAUUUUUGUGUCGAACAUAAAGGUAAAGAAAAGCCAAGGCAAGGGCAGGCAAGGCAAAGAUAUCCUGUAUCCGUGGGAUCCGACAUCGGUCAGGUAUCUGGCAUCGGUAUGCCUACUAUUUCGGGAAAAUAUGUAGCCGAUUACAUGAUACGCACAAACUAACGUAUGGGACUGUUGAACAAACAAACGGACAUAUUGCCAAGGAAAACCAGUAAUUCUUUGUUGUUAAUUGGUAUGUGACAUGGAACAGUCGAGGCACGGUUUAUUAAGUAAAUCCACUGAUCGAACUAUACUGCUCUCAAAAGGAAACAAGUAGCCUAUGAUUCUAAAGAAAGCGAAAUCUGCAAAAACAGUUAAUAAAGGAAAGACUAUUGAUAUAAUUGAAAUCGCAUUGUCAUAGUGGAAAUUGACAAGGAUACCGCAAUGUAUGAAGAGCGUGUUUUAAUGAUAUGACAUAUGCAUCAGUCGACACGGUUGUGUUGUUUUCUAAGUAACACAGAUGCGGAAUUACGUAGAGGAGACGUUUUUAUUACAUUUUGUAUGUAAUUUUCAUAAAGGUUUUCUCAGCAAUUUGAUAUAAUGUUGUCUAA